AUGUUCUACUACUUUUUGCCUCUUACUAGAAGUUCUCUCUCGACAUGUUCGGUCGACCACAUCUUUCUGACCAUAACGACUGCAGAAUUCAUCAUAGGAAUGUUUGUGAAUGGAUACAUUGGACUAGUAAUAUGUGUUGACUGGAUUAAGAAGAAAACGAUCUCCACAAUUGACUACAUCCUCACCAGUUUAUCUCUCUCCAGAAUUGGUUUGCUUUGUGUAAUGACAGCCAACGGCACCAUCCUGGCACUCUACCCAGGUGUUUAUGAAAAUGAGGAAAUAAAGGUAAUUCUUAAUAUCUUCUGGACAUUCACCAAUUACUUAAGUAUGUGGUUUGCCACCUGCCUCAAUGUCUUCUAUUUCUUCAAGAUAGCCGAUUUCUCCCACCGACUUUUUCUCUGGCUGAAGUGGAGAAUCGAGAGGGUGGUUCACUGGAGCCUGCUGGGGUCCCUGGCCAUUUCCAUGUUGAUCAGCCUUAUACAAGCAACGUUAACAAAUUCUGAUUAUGAUUUUCUUAAAAUUGCAAAACAUAAAAGAAACGUCACUGAAUUGUUCCAUGUGAGUAAAAUUCAAUACUUUGACCCAUUGACACUGUUUAACCUGUUAGCAAUUAUUCCAUUUACUGUGUCAUUGAUCUCAUUUUUCUUUUUAAUUAUGUCCCUAUAGAGACACAGUAAGCAAAUGAAAUCCAAUGUUACAGGCUCCAGAGACUCCAGCACAGAGGCCCAUGUGGGGGCCAUGAAAACAGUGACUUCAUUUCUUUUCUUCCUUUUUGUAUACUACCUGGCCUGUCUUUUGGCAACAUUUAGCUACCUUAUGAAAGAAAGCAGGUUAGCUAUGAUGUCUGGAGAGAUUAUAGCAAUUCUUUAUCCCUUAGGUCACUCACUGUUAUUAAUUGUUGGAAAUAGCAAGCUGAGGCUUGCAUCUGUCAGGAUGCUGAUAUAUGGGAAAACAGCUUGCAUGAUGUAA